AAGGGGCACUGCCUGCAGGGCUGGAUCUUUUUUUGUUUCGAGCCGGGAGCGGCAAGAGCAUAUUUGAGGAAGCAGAUAAUUUCGCAUUAGCUCCAGUCAGAAUGUCAGCAGGAGAUGCUCACAUUGGGAAGCCAGCCCCAGACUUUCUGGCCACGGCUGUAAUGCCAGAUGGGCAAUUCAAAGAAAUCUCACUCUCUCAGUACAAAGGGAAAUAUGUCGUGUUCUUCUUUUAUCCACUUGACUUUACCUUUGUCUGCCCAACUGAGAUCAUUGCAUUCAGUGACAGAUCUGAGGAGUUUAGAAAAAUCAACUGUGAAGUGAUUGGUGCUUCUGUCGACUCUCACUUUUGCCAUCUUGCCUGGAUCAACACACCCAAAAAACAGGGUGGACUAGGCUGCAUGCGUAUUCCCUUAGUGUCUGACACAAACCGUGAAAUUUCUAAAAAGUAUGGAGUAUUAAAAGAAGAUGAAGGCAUUUCCUACAGGGGCCUCUUCAUCAUUGAUGAUAAGGGAAUCUUGCGCCAGAUCACAAUCAACGAUCUCCCUGUUGGUCGCUCAGUUGAUGAAACACUCCGGCUAGUUCAGGCUUUUCAAUUUACAGACAAACAUGGAGAAGUGUGUCCUGCUGGCUGGCAUCCUGGGAAAGACACUAUCAAGCCUGAUGUUCAGAAGAGUAGAGAGUACUUCUCCAAGCAAAACUAAAUGUGCUGUGUGAUUGUUUUUUUGUACAAGGCAUCUAUUCUGUAACCUGUAUAAGUAAAAGCAGACCUGUACUUGUCAUUCUCUUUAUUUUUAAUAGUAAAAUUAUUGUGAGCUAACUGGUUUAUAGUUCAGAUGCCAUUUAUUCUGGAUCAAUCCAAUUUACAUUACUAGGACAGCUUUGGAGUAAAUGGAUUAUGAACUGAAACAUUGAUCAGUACUUUGUUAAGAGUAUAUGUCCUUUUGAUCAGAACCAGGAAAGGGAAAUUGCUCCUUGUGCUAGUGUGGAUAAAAAGGACCAGUACCAUGUAUAUGAUUGGCCCAGGGAUGCAUGUAGAACAGUCGGUUUUUCUGAUGUUUUGUACUGUCAUUAAACUCGGGGGAAAUCGGAA